UUCUAUCUGCCUUUAUGGAUUUAUAAGAAUAGAAAGUAGUUUUUUAUUAUAAAAAAUAGUUGAUAAAUUUUAUUCAUGUUGGCGUGUUAGAGUGUGGGCGCCCUCUCGCACAUUGUUUUCGUAUACUGAUCGUCAACUGAUCGUAUUCAAUCGUGAGGACAGGAGUGUUCGUCUUCAGUGUUAGCUUUCGAUUGCUUUUUUGACAGUAGUCUAGGAAAAGAAGGAACAAGUGGUGAAUGUUUAUUCGUUCUUAAUAGUAAACAGCUAACCACUUGGCUUCAUCAUGGACGAUUUACAGAAUUAUAAACUGCAGCUUCAACAGGUGGAAGCGGCACUCACCACGGAUCCAACUAACGAAGAACUCCUGAAAUUGAAAAUUGAUCUCGAGGAAGUAAUAGAGCUGACACAUGAUUUAAUUAAAUCACAACAACAGGAAAAAAGGCAAGCCAAUGGCAUGGAUGCUAAAGAUCCUAUUUUACUUGCAGUUCUCGCCAAUAAGUGGAAGGUUGGUGAUCAGUGCAUGGCACCCUGGAGCGAGGAUGGGAAGUACUAUGAGGCAACCAUAGAUGCUAUAACAGAGGAUGGUGUUGUUAAUGUAACGUUUAAUGAAUACAAAAACACAGAUGUCACAAUGCUUAGUCAAUUGAAAUCAGUUGCUAAAAGGCCAGCAUCGGACUGGGCAGAUCAAAAGUCAAAGAAAAGAAAAAUGCAAGCAGCCGCUGUAGCAGGAUCAGACCCCAAUAAACAACGAGAAUACCUAAAGAAAAAGAAACAGCGGAAACUUCAGCGAUUUAAAGAGCUCGAAGAAGAACGAGAGAUGGAAAAAAAUAAAUGGCUCGCAUUUACGAACAAGUCUUCGAAAAAAGGUGUGAUAAAGAAGAGCAUAUUUGCGACGCCGGAAAAUGUGAACGGCCGUGUCGGAAUUGGCACGUGCGGUGUUAGCGGUCGGGAAAUGACGAAAUUCAGUAACGGCGAGAAGUGGAGAAGGGGCGCAUGAGUCCUAUUGUAAAUACAUAAAAUUCAAUACUUCGUGGGAUAGAACAAUAUUGUUAUUAUUAUAAUGAGUUUCAGUUCCAUCGGGAAUUGAAUGAAAAAUGUAUGUUUUGUGUUUGGUGAGAAUGCCUCAGGGUACGUGAGUAAUGGGUGUGUGGUCAGUAGUGGUCCGUUUAUGAAUAUAUGAUGACGAUGUGAAGUAAAUCCGGAUUUCAUUUGGAUUUUCUACCUUCGUGAGAUGAACGUCUGCUCCGAAUGAAUGUAGUUCUAGAUUAACAUAUUUACGUGGGUAUGAUUUGUUUAUAUUAUCUGUAACAGAUAUGAAUAAAUGUAUAUUUUAAAAGUCA